GUAAACGCUUCUACCCAACAAAAGUUGAUCAUUUGUAGAGAAGCAUCAGAUUAGAUGCCAAAUAUUAAAAUAUUCUUGCGUUCUUGAAUUUUAUCUCAUUUAUCGACCACUCGUCGGUAAAUAGGUAAUUUAUUUUUUAACACAUUUCAACAGGCAGUUUGCACGGUUGGUUGAGUUGUGGAAAUGUUAGUGUUCGUUCGGUAAUUGUUUAUUGGAUUGAAAACAAAUUUUAUAAUGAGUUAUUUUUCGAACUGUGAUUUAUUAAUUAAUAAUUUAUAUUGCAAAAUGUAUUAAUGUGAUUAUUAGAUUUUUAAAAAAUAUAUAUAUUUUUCAAAUACUGCAGAGAUGAGGAAAAUGCUAAAAUUGCGCGAAUUAGUACUGCUUCUAAUAUUUGCAGUAACAUUAUCAGAUUCUGCAUUGAACAGUGAUCUAUUAGAGCUUUAUGAUUUAAAAGUGAAAAAUAAUGAACCAACGUGUAGAUUAGUCACUCAUGCUAAUUUACCAGAAAAUAGGCGUACACUGGCAGGUCGAGGUUGUAUGUGUGAUGAAGAAUGUAUAAAAUACAAAGAUUGCUGUAAAGAUUCGCCAUAUUAUAGACCAAAUGAACAAAGUUUAGCUCCAUCUCAUCACUGUAAUGAAUUUACCGCGGUAUACUUGAUGUCCGACUGUCCAUCAAACUGGGAAGAUUCGGAUACGAAGGAAUUAUGCAAAAAAUCCGUACAACCUUUAGAAGAUCAAGAUAUCUCCAUGAUUCUACCCAUAGGCAACGUGAAAACUCGAGAAGUAUUCGGAAAUCGACAUUGCGCCCAUUGUAAUAACGACGUCGAUAUGGAAAAUUGGGUCCAGUUCCCGAUGGGAGUAGCUACCGGCGAAGCUCCUCCAGGAUACUUGAAACCAAUAAGAUAUAAGAUCGAAACUCCUUCUUAUACGGACUCCAGCCCUCCUUCGACCACCGUUGAGAAACCAUAUCCUUACAUUUAUCUUCCGCCAUCGAGUAGAUUAUCAAGUGGUGAAUUAGAAACAAAAAAUUGCAACAAUAGUUGCCAAGUUAAAGUUAUAAAUAACAUAAUAACUCAACCAUCCCCCGGUAUCCUUCUAGAUAUACAUUUAUACAUAUACAACGAUACUGUGCUAGAUGGUGGAAAUACGCAAUGGCCUGUACAGUUGCAAAGUAUCAUUCCCUCCAAUUCUGAAAAUUCGUACAAUAAUUUCAGACGAGCUAAACGUGACAACAAGUAUAAAAUUGAUUUUAAAAAAUACUCUGCAAAAGCCGAAGAGAUUUGUGCCAACGCCAAGUACGACAUCGAAAACAAAGAAUAUAUUAGUCAAUAUAAUAAUAAAAAUUUCAUUUGCCGAUUUCUUCCUAUUUUGCCCGAAAAUGCUGAUCAGUUUACUAGACGAUGCGUUCCAUAUUUGGAACGAAAAUGUCCGAAUGGUUAUAAAAAUCAGGCGAUUAAAGAAGAAUGUUCUAUUUAUACGAAUGUCGUUUAUAAUAAAUCGAGUAAGAAGCCGUAUAGAAAUAAAGACUGUGCUCGUUGCAAUGACGAAAAAGAAGAUAGUGUCAAUGGUAUACCUCAAGAUACGCGCGAUGGCAGCACAAGUAAAGCUCCAGAAGCUGCAGAUGGGGCGAACAAUUAUAAACCAGGCGGAAGUAAAGGACACAUGCAAAGUAUUUUCAACAGAGAAGAUGAGAGAAAAGAGGCGCCGCCGGUAACUGAUAGAGAAUGAGAAAAGUCUAAAAAAAACAAUAACUGUAAAGAUUUAACUUGAUGAAAAUAUGUGCAUUUUUGAAAAUAAAUUUUAGCACGAGU